UUUUGAGAACUGUAUACAAAUUAGUUCAGUAUUAAAGUGGCAGUUAUGAGUAUCAUAUAUAUACUGUAUUGUAUAUGACGCAUUUUCUCAAAUUUUAUUUUGUAUCAAAUGAAGAGUUUUACUUUCAAUAAUGGCGACAAUUGAAAAUAAGUCAACUUUAAAAAAAAGUUCGCCUGGAAAUGAGUUUCUAAUUGGAGCAUUAGCUGCAGUGGGAGCUGGAUUUUUUACAAAUCCAGCGGAAGUUAUUAAAAUACGUCUUCAACUCCAGGGAGAAUUGGCUGCUCGUGGAUCUUAUAAAAAAAUAUACAAAAAUAGUUUUCAUGCCGCGGUAAUUAUAACGAAACAUGAAGGAAUAUUUGCUCUUCAAGCAGGUUUGGUGCCUGCAUUGGCUUUUCAGGUAGUUUUAAAUGGAAUCAGAUUAGGAAUGUAUAACACUGCGAAAAAUAGUAAAUUUAUUUUGAAUUCAGAAGGCAACACAGAUAUUUUAAAGACUAUUUUGGUUACUGGAGUUUCCGGUUCUUUGGGAGCUGUAUUGGGUAGUCCUUUAUUUAUGGUGAAGACUCAAUUGCAAGCUCAAUCCGCCCAAUGUAUCGCAGUUGGACAUCAACACACCUACUCUGGAACAUGGUCCGCAUUCAAGUCUCUAUGGAGGGAAGGUGGCUUCUCAAGCCUAUACAGAGGAUGGUACGCUAAUAUUCCGAGAGUGUUUGUGGGUUCAGCCACGCAGUUGACCACAUUCGGUCUUAUAUCUGAUGUUUUAAAACCCUAUUCAAUAUUUACAGAUCGACCGAUUUUAUUAACUUUCGUAGCUUCUUUGAUUGGUGGAAGUUGUGUGGCAUUGACGAUGCAACCAUUUGACGUUUUAGCCACGAGGCUUUAUAAUCAAGGUGUCGAUGCCAAAGGGAAGGGUGUACUGUACAGUGGACUUAGUGAUGCAUUUUUGAAAAUUUUCAAAACCGAAGGUGUAAUUGGUUUAUAUAAAGGUGUAUUUCCUACGUGGAUGCGAAUAGCUCCGCACACCGUUUUAUGUCUAGUAUUUUAUGAAAAAUUAACUCAAUUAUUUUAAACCUUGCUUUUAGAUCAAGUACUUAAUUUACUAUAUUGUAAAUGAGACAAUUUCAAGAUGACGAAUUUUACUGAAAGAAAUAAAAAUAGUUUUAGAAUAUA